AUGUUGAGCGGCUAUCUAGCGUGGUUUUCCUUGCUUUUUGAGCCUUUCUCCGACUAUACUUCCCCUAUCCAACCACAAGCACGACUGCGGCCGGAGAAUCGUCCUUGGCAAAGCAUCAUCACUGGCGUCUAUGGCCAUCCACCAAAAAUAAACAUCCACGAUCGCCAAGGAGACAUCAGCUGGAGCUUCGAGCGCAGUGAUGUCAAGCAGAGACUUCCCCCGAAUAUCAAACGGUGCCUGUAUCACCGUGCAAACGACGCAACCGACGUCAAAUGGCUAAAUAAUGGCACGAGUAUCGCUGCCAUCUACUCGGCUUUAGCGGUCGUCGUCAACCACACACCUGACAACCCUUCCAUCGAUAAACAGAUCACCUUUGCGCUAUGCCGAGACAACGAAUGGCUAUGGAAUGCACAUACCAUUGAGCCACUCCCCGGCAACCUUCUCGCCGUGGGCACCACCGGACAAAGACCAUGGGACGGAAUUCUGGUAUAUAAUGCCAGCGAACUGGUCGACGAGCCACAGGUGUUGCAGAACGUCACGGGCGUACGGGCUAUCCACGCAUUAAUAUGGGACGAACAAGCCCAGAUGUUGUGGACGUGCGGAACGGACGCAGCAGCAGACGGGUCAGAUGGCAUCCCCGCCUACGGGGCUAUCGUCGGGUAUCCAUUCGAUAAUUCAACCGGUCUCCUCGAUAAGGAGAACGCGAGAUGGUAUCGACUCAAGGAUGCUACUACGAUUCAAUGGGAAUGGGGCGCUGGGUAUCCUUGGUGGGCUGGACCCCACGACCUCGUGCCUGUUCCCAACCAGCGCAAAUUCCUCAUGUCGAAUGACCUCGGCUUGCAUGAAUUCGAUCUCGACAAAGGGGAGUUCAUUGCCCACCUGGAAAACGUCACGGACCGAUACAUGCCGGGCUUUGAAGUGACGACGCCCGAUCGCCAUGGGCUGGACUACGACUCCGAUGGCGAGUAUAGGGAAUUCCCCCAGUCGGACCUAAAGGGACUCAGCCUUGCGCCGGACGGAAGCUAUGUCUACAUUCAGUCGCUCUGGCGCAAGUUCCGCUCCUUCCACGUGAGCUUGGUGGUGCACGGUGUGCGGAAGAAGAUCCGCAAGGGCGACGAGAUUUACCGAUCCCGCUGGUACGAAGAUAUGGAAGGGUGGCCUAAGCCUAAAUACUAA